AUGAUUUAUAGGCUGUUUCUCCAUCCCCUUGCACGGUUUCCGGGACCGAAGCUGGCUGCUGCUACGAACCUUUACGGCGCGUAUUGGACGUUGAUUAAAGGGGGCCAAUACACUUUGAACCUUCCAGAACUUCAUCGAAAAUAUGGGCCAAUUGUCCGAACCUAUCCCAAUGAACUACAUAUCCACGAUGUAGAUGCUUAUAACGAAGUUUUUAGCGUCGGCACAAAAUUUGAUAAGACGCGCCGAUUCUACGAUCAUCCUCUUUUGGAAGGAUCUCACUUCAACAUGCCAGACCUCAAGUCUGCCAAAUCGCGACGAGAACUUUUUGCGCCAUUUCUCUCUAAAGCAGCCGUCGCAAGAGGCGAGCCUUUGAUUAAUGCCACCAUCAUGAAGUUCAUAAAUAUAUUGAGAGAGUAUGGCAAAGAGAACAGGGUUGUUGAUCUUACAAGAGGCUAUCACUCGCUUACCACAGACCUGAUCAUAAACUAUGGAUGGCAGAGGGCAACUGGGGCGCUCGAUUACUCAGACUUUUCUUAUCCAUCUGUGGUGUAUAUGAAUCAUUUUCUUGUCUCUACAGUCUUUAUUCGCACAUUCCAUGGAUUUUCCAGGUUCAUCAUUGGUCUUGUCUUGCAAUUCCCUGCUCUUGCAAAGUGGAAUACAAUGUUUGCUGCAGUUUUUCACAUGCGCACUGAAGCCCAAGACUUAGUUCUAAAUGUCAUCAAUCGGCCUAAAUUGACAAGGCAACAGCAUCCGAGCCUGUUCGACUUGGCUUUACAUCCAGACGCGAAGAUAGAACUACCAAAACCAUCCAUUAAAGAUCUCACAGCCGAAACUCUAGUUUUCCUAGCUGCCGGGGAGGAGUCGACAGCAAGCACUUUGAUUAAUGGUACUUUCCAUGUCUUGAGCAAUUCGAAAAUCAAACACAAACUCCAACAGGAGCUGUCCAGUGUAAUGCUUGAUGGCUUCCCAAUGCCAACUGCAGACACACUUGAGAAACUACCUUACCUGAGAGCCAUUGUGAAAGAAUCACUUCGCUUCUCUCAUGGGGCCCCUGGACGAGUCCCGCGUACUGUACCACCAUCUGGUGCCACACUAUGCGGACAAUUUAUACCCCCUGGAACCACCCUUUCUCUUAGCCACUAUGUUUAUCAUAUUGAUAGCUCGGGGAUCGCGGGGCUGUAUCGGGAUCAACUAUAUGAAACGACACCAGAUGAUAUGAAAUGGGGAGACUAUUUUGCACCAAUGACAAAAGGCCAUCUGAAAGUGAAGGUUCUCUCAGGAACACCUAAACCACAACAUCCCGGGAAAGGACAUACGAACCAACCCAUCCUCAUAAGAAUGAUGACUUUGUGGUGGAUGUGCUCUUUGGCCCACCUUUUGUCUUUUGUCAAUGUUGGACACGGGGAAGGCUGCUGCAUCUGUCAGUGGUGUGAUACGUGUCUUCCUGUGAAGGUUCACGAUGCACCUGGGGUUGGCUUCGACCUGACCCCCUCAUACGGGACAGCUGCAGUGCACUACUAUAAUGGAACUGUUGUCGAGAUUGUCAAAGUUCUGGGGAGUCCUGAGUACCUCGAACUCAUGACACGUCUGGCUACAGUAUCUGAGCCUUUACCGGAAACAACCUUCGAUUUCAUCAGUGGACUUACAUUACGCUUAAUGGAAUCUCUCCUUCCGGACGAGUCCUCGCCGUGGAGAGACUGGUGGCGUUGGCUGAACACGAGACUUGGUCGACCAGUGAAAGCAGAUGACGUCGAAAUCAUCAGUGAUUUACUCCAACAACUGAAAGUAUUCACCGAAAAGGAAAUAUCCCAACCUCUCGACAGGGUUGCUGUUGCAGAUCCCGGCUUCCAGUCACUUAGCUCAGCGAAAAUCAACGCUGCACUUCGAAUAUUACAUCUACGCACAUGGGGAGGUGAUAGCAUUCAUUAUCCACGGCGGCUACUGGAAGGAGAUGCUGUUUAUGCGGCGAACGGUCACGGACUAUGCACCAAUUACCUAGAUGUCUUUGAUUGCAUGGACGAAUUUGAAGAGUCACCUGGUACUAGCGUGCUUUUUGUUUCCUAUAACCGCAAUAUCUUAUAUGCUAGCAUUUUGGAAGGCUGCGAUAGUCAAGCUUUUAGCAGGCUUACUAGUGUUGAGGCGCAACUCGUGGAUUACGGGCUUGGGCUAGAUCGUCUUCUCGAGAAAGACGAAGCCGCAUUAUGGGACCGUCUUCGUUCACAACUCCAGAUCCUGCCUCGGGAGUACGAAUAUCCCAUUACGCAUCUCCUUUUGGCCGGUGAGAGUGUAACACACCCUCGCUUCCUGGAUAUAUUGAGGAAUUCUAUGUCUGAACUCUCGCCUCACCCUGUCGAUAUCAAACUCGCAAUCGAUCCAACUUUUGCUGCGGCUCGUGGUGCGGCACUAUACUCUCGAAGGCGUCAAGAAGUGCAGGCCGACUGCACGGAACGAAGUGAAUGCGAAGAGACAAGGAAACACGAGCGAGUGUACACUUACACACAAGAUGAUCUGCGCUCCACACGGGAGGAUCUGCGCUGA